CUGUUCACGUUGUCCGCUAUACUCCCUUUCUCUUUCUUCUCUUGGUUCUGUCUCCUCUUAACCGGAGUGGUUGUUGUCUUUCUCUGCCUCGGGUUACUACCUUGUUGAACCUGGUACACCCUGAUGUGAGUGUUCCGCAAAGAAAGAGAAGAGCCUCGAUUCCCCCGUGAUCUUGCUAUAGCAAACCUCUUCAUCUUCCUCCCCCGCUACCGCAUUCCCCGCUGUGGCUGCUAGGAGACACAACUUUGCGGUGCCGUUAUCCCGGGCAGUGGCAGCGGCCUCAAAAGCUCCGGCAAGGAUAAGAAAGAAGCAAUUGCACCCACUCUCUCCUUCCCCUACGCGCGCACCACAACCCCAAAACGAUAAUGGCGACCGAAACCCAACACUUCACCUCCACCUCUCCUCCCACCUUUACCUCCUCGCCUCUGCGCAGUCAGCUCACUGGAUCGCAUAACUCUUCCCGUCUGCAAUUCAACCACCUAAUAAAAACCCGUGUCAAAUCCGCGUCCGCUCCCCCAGCCUCAGCCGCAGCCUCCUCAAGCUCAGACACAACAUCAAUGUCAAUACCAUCCUCUUACCCUUAUGCGCAUCCCGUAGACGACCCCGCCCCGAUCCGACACGACAGACCCAGCCUCCUCAGACGGUUCACUAACCGCCUCCAGCUCGCCUACUACCGCUACGAAGUCACCUAUGGCAUCUACGUCAUGACCCCCGAGGAGAAAUUCGUCGCCAACACCUUCCUGCUUGUGUUUAUCUCGCUGCUUCUCUGGGGCUUGUUUUUAUAUUUCCCGCCCUUGCUCUUCCAGAAACUGAGCCGGCUAGCGUGGAUUUUGACCGGGGCGGGCAUCGAUGGCGUGAGGGAGAGAGUGUCCGCGGAGUUGAAAUUGGUCAAUGGCAGUACUGGUGCUGGUGCGGUUCCUUGUCUCGGCGGCCCUGGGAGUACUGGAGUCACCAUAGCCAUCUCACCAACAGCUUCUCAUCAACUGUUACCGCGGUCUUGAGUGCAAGAAAGAAAGAAAAAGAAAAGAAAAUCUCAUUUUUUUGCUCCACUAUGAAAGGCGUUUGCCCUCUCUUCUUCCGGUUUGUUUUUUGGUUAUUGGUUUCUUGAACAUUGCAUUCCUUGGUUUUCCGGUACGUUUUCUUGGGUUUUUAACGUGAAAUAACGAGCCAAUGAUGAUGACUUGCAGGCCAAAAUUUGCCUGCAAAAAAUAUAUAUAUGUAUAUUUUUAAUGAAGGCAGGUAUUGCUGACAACAAGAUUUGUUUUUCCUUUUGAUCUAGGAUCAGCAUAACAAUAUUAUUAAUAACGUGUUUUCGCCGGUUUUCCUCGCGUGUGUCACCCUUGCGCUCAUACAUGUGUGUGCGCCGUCUACAUUGUUAGAACGGGGAACAAUUAAUAAUUGCAUUUGAUUUAGUCUUUCCUUGUGUGUUCUGUGGUGGCGGUAAUUUUUCUACUUGGAAUUGCAUACGUCAAUUGUGGAUGAAUUGGUUGGCUUACAUCUACCCUGGUCCUCAUUUCGCCUUACCGGUCUCUACGUGAUCGAAGUGGUUGGAACCCGCCCACGCUGUUUGUGUCUGACUUUCAACAGAAAGAAGACUAUAUCGUGCGAUUCACGCUUGAUAUAUGGAUUUUUUUCCUCUCUUCCUUUUUUUUUCGUUUUUGGCCAAGACGCACAACACCCAUUGUAUAGAUAAUUCGUGGGCGCUUCAGAUCCGCCGCUCUACUCACAUGGAUUCCCAGGUCGAUUUCUUCGAGCUAUGGAAGGUAGAGAUGUCGAUUUUUCCAAAGUUUUGUCUCACACUAAG